CGCCCUGACUGGCAGUUCAGCGUCUGCGGCCGACGGCCCGGAUUGGCGCGUAAAGGAGUCGCGGCUGGAGCCACAUUUUACGCCCGCGGCAGCCGGCGGGAAGCGGGCAGCAGCGGGGUGUUUGCGCCAGCCGAGAGCCAUCGCCCGACGGCUGGGCGGGAUGAAAGCGAAGCCCCGCACCGAGGGUUUAAGAUGAUGGUGGUCUCUUGCAUCUUUUGAAUCAUUCAGAUACUCAAGGGAAUAUCUUACUCACCAGGUCUCACUGACAGUGGAUAACAUCUCCAGAGAUUCUUUUCUGUUAGCAAUGGAGAAAUAUGAAAAGAUCAGUAAGAUCGGGGAAGGCUCUUAUGGGGUUGUUUUCAAGUGCCGGAACAAGGACACAGGACAGAUUGUUGCUAUCAAAAAGUUCCUGGAAUCUGAGGAUGAUCCUGUUAUUAAAAAAAUUGCACUUCGAGAGAUUCGGAUGCUAAAGCAACUGAAGCAUCCCAAUUUGGUCAACCUUCUGGAGGUCUUCCGGAGGAAACGAAAGCUUCACUUGGUCUUUGAAUAUUGUGACCACACAGUCCUUCAUGAACUGGACAAGAAUCCACGUGGGGUCCCAGAACAUCUUGUGAAAAGCAUAACUUGGCAGACUCUCCAAGCAGUGAAUUUUUGUCACAAACACAAUUGCAUACACAGAGAUGUAAAGCCGGAGAACAUCCUUAUAACAAAGCAUUUUGUCAUUAAGCUCUGUGAUUUUGGAUUUGCUCGCAUCUUAACUGGGCCCAGUGACUAUUAUACAGAUUACGUGGCUACCAGGUGGUAUCGUUCUCCUGAGCUCCUUGUGGGUGAUACCCAGUACGGCCCUCCUGUGGAUGUCUGGGCUAUAGGCUGUGUCUUUGCUGAACUGCUUUCAGGCAUCCCACUCUGGCCUGGAAAAUCUGACGUGGAUCAACUUUACUUAAUCAGGAGGACGUUAGGUGAUCUCAUUCCCAGGCAUCAGCAAGUCUUCAGCACAAAUCAGUUCUUCAGUGGGGUGAGGAUACCAGAUCCAGAAAGCAUGGAGCCGCUAGAAAUGAAAUUCCCCACUAUUUCCUACGCUGCUCUAGCACUAAUGAAGGGCUGUCUCCAUAUGGAUCCCACUGAAAGGCUGACCUGUGAACAGCUUCUUCAGCUUCCUUAUUUUGACAGCAUCCGAGAGGUAGAACCUGGGAGGGAACGUGAAAGAUCCAUUACACGGAAACCAAAUCGGCCACCGCGAAGGCAUGUGCCUGGGCUACAGUACCUGCCCCAAUUAACCAGCAGCAACAUUUUACCUGCUUUGGAUAACAAGAAGUACUACUGUGGAACAAGAAAACUUAACUACCGUUUCCCAAACAUCUAAAAAAAGCAGAUGUCACAGCUAGGCCAUCAUGUGUCUUCUUGUGUUCCUAGCCAUGAAGGACCUUGGAAAGACACUCACAGUAUCUAUACCGGCAUAAACUAAAGCAAACCACAAAGUUCUUACUGAAAAGUGAUAAA